GGGCCGAGCUGUCGUGAGGGGUGCUAGCUGGAGGGUUCUGUGUCCGCGCUGUCCGCUCCGACUGGUGUCAUUGGGCUCCAAGGAGCGUUGGCGGCGGCACCGAGGGCGGCGCUGUGUCCGGCACGGCCAUGGCGGGUGCGCUGGUGCGAAAGGCGGCGGACUAUGUCCGGAGCAAGGACUUCCGCGACUACCUCAUGAGGCUUUCGCACAUUUUCUCCCCUGACAGAGUUGUGGACGCCACGCCUGGCCUGCUCUGGCCGAGGUGGCACACCCGCCACCAGCCUCGCGGUGACGGGCUCGGGGCGCCUCCAGUGGCCCCGGCUCCCCGGUCGGCUCGGGACACUGCCCUCUGCAGGACCAGUGCCCUGGCUGAUGCGUGUCCAACGGCACAGACCGAACCUGCCCUUCCAACAGGGAAGUGAGAACUAGAUGGAGAAGCUGUGUUACUAGCUUUUUUUCUAGGGGUAGAUAUUUCAGUGAGUGGUGUUGAAAUUCUUUGCACUUUUGUAUUCUAAGGAAUACAUCUUCAGUGUAUCUCGGUGCUUCUAAUCCCAACUGUAUACAAAGCCCUGGAGCUCUCCUUCGUGUAACCCGACACUCGUCACACGAAAACAGUUAACGCUGUCGCAUGACCAGAAGGGGCCCCCAGCUUCUCAGCUCUUGGGUUUCAUGCCCCGGCCUCUUCGCUCUCAGCCCCAGCUGUGAGCAGGGACACUGUGUCCCCGAGCCCCCAGCGUGCAGCCCAGUGUGUGUGCGAGAUGUGUCGUCUCGAGACCACCGUGCAGAGCAGAGCAGAGCAGUGGGAAUCGAGUAAACAGUAAACCACGGGACUAGACUGGCGUCGGCCACAGAGGAGGGGAGGCAGAGGGCCUGGGAUCACAGCUGAAGGCGAAGUGACGCAGAGAGAAGGACAGGCAGGGAAAGACGGCGACGAGGAGGGACAGGCCCCCAUCGCAGAGGCCUGGGGGUGGCGGGGGGAGACGGCCCAGCCCUCGUCUGGGUUCAAGACGUGUUUCAGCUUCAGCAGGGAGCGUCCUAGACAGAAUCUGCCCUGAAAGCAGGACCCAUGAGCCUCCAAGAGUCUGUAGAGCACAACUGUGCCUGAGUUUCAGGGUUCAUGACUCGGAUGUAAGUCGGGGAGCCAUUCAGGCAGGCAUGGGCCUCAGGCUUACAUGAAGCGUGUUAUAUAAAUGUUUCAAACACUGUUAGAGCGUGACAAAGGUGAUUCGCAGGCGUCUGUCCUGCCUUUCCCUUGUUUCUCAUUCUUAGGACGUUUUCGGAUGUAGUAAUCCUCAGUCAGUGUUAGAAGUGCAGUCUGGAAGUGUAUUCUGCAGCCUGAAUUUAUCUCACACGCUCUGAUAGACAUGAGACACUGCUUAAUAUCCCGAUAAUGGAAAGGGUGUUUAGCAAAGAAAUGUGGUUUCCUUCUCUUUUAGAGUAGUAUUUGCAAACGGUACAUAAAUAAUGUUUAUUUAAUGGGAAGAGUCCCUGGACUUACUCCAACCUCAGAAAGUGAGUUGCAUUGGCGUCUGCUCUUAAACAGGCACAGCUUCACUUGGCUGUCCUGGGGUGGCCGCCGCUGUAGAUGACAGCCAUUGGUCCGCCUUUUAAAUCUACGUUGUUGCUGUCACCUCACAAGUACUUUUCAGUCUUAGUCUCUUCUUAUCCAGGGCUCAGGGUGGAGAUUUUUAGGUUCUCGGAUCCUCAUACGGCUCCGUGAGCUGAAGGGCAGUUUCUUCCCUCAACAAGUUACUUCCUUCAGGAAACAUGCCCAACCGAGGGUCUGCAUUUUGAGAGAUGUUGACAAAUAUCUUCAUGAAAACUUGGCGGGAGAGAGAAGUUUUGAUAGGUUGAAACACUGCCUUGUAGAGCGUGGUGCUAGCAAGGUUGACACUGUGGCCAGAGUGAGUUGUGUAAGAAGCUGGCCUCCCUUGAAAACUCUCUAGUGGGCCAGUCCGAGGUUCCCUCGGUGUGGUCGGGGCGUCGGCGGCACCUCGUAGGCAGAUACGGGCACAGCCAGCAGCCCGGGCAGUCGCCCGUUUCACGUCCCCGUUGCCGCUGAGAGAAGCGCGGCUGCUCUCGGCUGCGACUGACGCGUCCUGCCUUUCUCUCCUCGAUUCUUGUAGCACUUCUGGGGCCCGGUUGCCAACUGGGGUCUUCCCAUCGCCGCCAUCAACGACAUGAAGAAGUCCCCCGAGAUCAUCAGCGGGCGGAUGACGUUCGCCCUCUGCUGUUACUCCCUGACCUUCAUGAGAUUUGCCUACAAGGUCCAGCCUCGGAACUGGCUCCUGUUCGCCUGCCACGCCACAAACGAAGUGGCCCAGCUCAUCCAGGGCGGCCGGCUCAUCCGGCACGAGAUGAGUAAAAAGGCAUCCGCAUGACAGUGGAAAACGAAGAUCCGGCGUUUGAAGGAUGGCAGUGCCAGCUGCUGACACUCGGGUUCCGUCGUCAUGAGUAGUCUUGCUAAGAACAAUAUGCUGCAUGCUCUUUUUACUAACCAGACUAUUUUUCUAGAAACAGCAGAGCCUCUAAACCAACUCUGCGGCCUUAAAAGUGCUAGAUAAUUCACUUCUCUUCAGCAAGAGUCGCCCAGAUGUGCAAUCUGUGUAAUAAUUCCCAGUGAUGGUUUUAUCUGCAGUAAUGUACUAAUGAGAACCCGAAGAGAACGAAAUCUGUAGCCGUUGGCAUUUACGUACUCAGAAAUCAUGGCCUCUCCUCUGAUGACCCCGAGACAGCCGACAGCUGGCCUUGCCUAAGUCACAUUGCCAAUGUUUGAAAGAUGUUUGUACUUCCGCGCAGUGUACAGUGAGAUGCUGUAAAUUAAUGGCAAUAAAUGAUUUAAAGAUUUGUCAAAUGA